CAGUCAUUGCUUUUUCUGUGCGUUGUUUACUGUUCGCGCUCCCAACAUUGCUCGUGUGCGCUCAUCAAACGUGCGGGGCCAACUCACCGUGUCGACAAGAUACUUUUUCACUUUUCUGUUUAUUCGGUAUUUGAACGUGGUUUCGAACGGAGUUGAAAAUAGUUACGGACGGCUUGAUGUGCACGUCGCUACGCUUUCGUGAAUGAAACAGCAGCAGCAGUUUAUUGUUGUUUUUGCGUGUGUGCGUGUGCGCUUUUUCGCUUAUUUGGCUUUCAUUGAGUUAUUCUUGAAUCUGGCCUAAAUAGGAGCACGAAUUGGUCGCUUAACGACGACGACGUGCGGCUACGUUGACAUUCUACGUGUGAUUAACGUAUGUGUAUGUGCGUGUGUUCUUCUGUUUGAUUUAAAGUGGAAUUUGUUGAAUUGCAUAUCGGUGAUUAACUAGCUAUGUACCUUUGAGGUGUUAAUAAGCGUUGUGUUUGCAAUUAUAACUAGCUGAAGUGGUGUUUAUAGCAGCGUUGCUGUAUAAAGUCAUUAUUGUGCAUUGUGUAUUUGUAGGAAAUUACUUGCGAAGAUGUAGUUGAGCGCAACCUACGACAAAUUCAAAAGUGCAAAAUUUUUCGAAAAUUAAAAUUGUGUUGAAAUUUUUAGAAUUUCAAUAAAAGUUGAAAACACUGUUUUGGAAGAUAUUUUAAAUUAAUAUUUUUAUAAUUUAAAUAUUAAUUAAAUAGAAAUAAAAAUUCAUUUUCGUAUACAAAAUCGCUGUAGUAAACGCAUUCGAAAAUUUUCCUGUACGCCAAGUCAUAAGAAACGGUUUAAUACUUUUAACAAACGCUUGAACGCGACCUCCCAGCUUUGAAUGUACACGCUUAGCUGGAAACUUAACAACAAUAAUAACAACAACAACAACAACAAGCAUAAUAAAACUAAAACAAUAACCCGACAACGACAACGAGUGCUGCAAAACCUGCCAAACAAGUUGUUUGAAAAAUAAAAAUAAAAAUGAAAUGAAAAAAUAAGAAGAAGAAAAAACGAAAAAUAAAAAUACAAAAGCUACAACAGCAAAACCUGCAAAGCGCAAAAAUGAAAUGAAAAAUUUCGAAAAGAACUAAACGAGCAUUUUCGCAAAACGUAAGCAAACAAAAAAAAAAUCAUUAAAAAAUCCGCGUGUGUGUACAUACUUGUGGUAGUGUGUUUGUGUUUAUUUGUGAGCAAACCAAAAAAUUAUUGCAAAUAAAAAAAAAAUAAAAUAAAAAUUUCAAAAAUACGAAAAAAGCUGCAACUGCAUAUUAGCCAGCAAAGUUAAAACUGCGCGCCUUUCCUCACUUCUCCUGACCCAACAAAAUCCAACCGACCACCCAUUGACCGAGUACAUAGACAGCGGCGCGCGAAACUCGCUUUGCCCACCAGCACACGAAGCACAUGAAGGAAGUCGCUUGUGACGGCCUACUCUUGCCGCAAACCAGCUUUUGAGGCCGCGCGCUUCUUCGCCGCCACGUCCAUGUGUUUGGUUCGCCCACAUUGUCUACCGCAAACGCAUGACAAUAAGCGCCGCGCUGCACUCGUACUUUAAGAAAUUGCAGUUUUCUUAAAAAAAAUCAAGAAAAAAUAAAUUUAAAUUUUGUAGCGCUGUGCUCACAGCUUGAAGUUGUGUUCGUAGGCGCGCUGUGUCCGAUUUGAAGGUGGCAUUUUAUACUGAAGGCGCCGAACGACGUUGGGUACGCCAAGCCGUUAUGGGGGUACUUAGAUGGCGCGAUCUACCCGGAUCGCGUACUUCGGUCGGCAAUAAUAAUAAUAAUGGACACAGUAAUGCUGCUAACGGCGGCAACAACAACAAUCGUGAGACGCACCAUCGCAACUCGAAUGACGAACGUGUACCACAUCCGCAUGAGAGCACACAAUCUGGCAACUUCACCCACCACAAUGGACUACAGCACUCCGGCUCGCGCUCUACACUGCGACACUCAAUGUCUACAACAGCAGCGAAUUCCACACCCGCUUCACCACAACUAAGUGGCAUUGGUGGCGGCGUUUCGGGCACUGGAAAUGGUGUUGUUGGCGUUGCCAAUCAAUUACUCUCUAAUGGCCAGCAUUAUCAGUCACAAUCGUCGGUAUCGUCACAGACAUCACAGUCGUCGAUUGUGUCCACCAUACCUGCCUCACAACGCCUGUUGGAGGAUGCGCUCGCCAAGACCGCACCAUAUCCCAUGAUUAUACUACCACAGAAUGGCGGCUACUGGGUGGAUGGCACCGAACAUGAGUGCUCGUUUGAUGCGCGUGGCAAUCCGAUGUUGCCACAAACCACGUGGAUGGCCAAAUUCGAGACAGACGAUACGGCCAAGUGUUAUCGUCGCUUCUAUGCGGCGCGCGAACAUUCGAAUCUGGUGGGUCAAGAUGAGGUAUUUGGACCGAUCUUGAUAUCCAUUAAGACGGAGAAUGUGGCAAAUCAAGAACAUGCACGCAUAUUGUUGCGUCUGCGUACCGGUACGAUGCAUGAGCUCAUACCAAUGUCGUGUAUGGCACCCAAUCCGACACCUGGCAAAAUUGUGCGACUGUUGAAUGAGCAAAUAACGGUGGAUCACUUUGUACCGAUGCUGUGCUCGAAGGCCUCACAAUUGAUUGCCGCCUAUGAUGAGCAUGUGUUGGUGUCGAAUUUCAAAUUCGGUGUGCUAUACCAAAGAUAUGGACAAACCACAGAGGAGGAACUCUUUAGCAACAAUAAUUCAUCGCCCGCAUUCGAGGAAUUCCUCGAUGUUUUGGGACAGCGUAUAAAAUUGAAGGAUCACAAGGGUUAUCGCGGUGGUCUGGAUAUACAGAAUGGACACACCGGUGACACCGCCAUCUAUGAGGUCUUCAAGGAACGCGAAAUCAUGUUUCACGUCUCGACAAUGCUACCCUACACGGAGGGCGAUCCACAACAGUUGCAACGCAAACGACAUAUCGGCAAUGAUAUUGUCGCAAUCGUAUUCCAGGAAUCGAAUACACCAUUCUCACCCGACAUGAUAGCCAGCCAUUUUCUACACGCUUUCAUCGUGGUACAACCGCUCGAACCAAAUACGCCGAAUACACGCUACAAGGUCAGCGUGACAGCACGCGACGAUGUACCGUUCUUCGGACCGACACUACCCAAUCCAGCAGUGUUUCGCAAAGGCCAAGACUUCAAAGAGUUCAUACUGACCAAACUGAUCAAUGCCGAGAAUGCCUGCUAUAAGGCGGAGAAAUUCGCGCAACUGGAAUUGCGUACGCGCACCUCGCUCUUACAGAGUCUAGUCGAGGAAUUGAAGGAGAAAACGCGCGACUUCUUGGGUACAGAUUUCACGAAUGGCGUCACUGUCAGCCCCACACCGGAAACACCAAAGUCAGAGAAUAGCACAGCGGGUUCGCGUUUCAUUGACACUGUAAAGAAAGCGCUCAUUUCGCGCGUACGCUCACAGAGCGUUGAUACUGGCAAUAUGGCGCCCAGUGUUGAGAAAUUCAGCGUUUCAACGAAAAUGAAUUCAUCCGCUUCAUCGACGACAUCGAAGAAGGACAACAGUCUAACGGAGACGCCGAAUUUGAAUGCCUGCAGUCGCACCGCUUCGAAAUCUUCCUCGAAAUCAAAAUCAUCAAAUGACUCCAACUCCUCAUCGCCGGACAUCACUUCACGCGGUCCGCUCAGUAGCAGCAACACCAUAAACAACAACAAUGCAAAUAUGGGCGGCGCUGCCACAGUCAAGGACAUGCAGAACGGCAAUAACUCCGCGGCAGCCAUCAAUGGUGGUGGUGGUGGCGCCGGCGUUGCCACAAUGUCCGAAACUAGCGAUGACUCGAGCUUGAAUAGCGUAGAUCUCGACCCGAUGAUGGGUCACAUAGACGGUGGUGCUGUGUACAUCGACAGCGAUACCGGUCUAGAGUCGAUGUCCUCCGCCGAGGCUAUGUCGUCGACGAAAGCCGCCUGUGCGCUAUGCCUGGAUGGCUCGCAAAGUUUAAUGGGCUCAUCGCCGAGCAACGAAACAAUGGUGAUGGUGGAGAAUUUGCGACAGGAGGUCACACGACUCAAGUGCGACAAAUUGGAUCUGCUGCGACAGAAUGUGACAUGUCAGCGCGAUAUUAAACGCUUGCGUGAACGCGAACUUUCGCUGCAGGGCGAUUUAGCGGCCGCCGGCAAGGAGAUACUGCGUUUGCGCGAUCUGCUGAAAGAGUAUAUGCCCGAUUCCGCCACAGCGCCACUAUCCAUCUCACCAAUCUAAUGGAGUAGGAGGUGCAGUUAGCGGCGGAUAGUGUGCGCGUGCGUGUGUGUGUGUAGUUAUUAUUGUAAGCGUGUAUUUGCUAAGCAAAUUCCGCCAUCAUAUGGUGCAAGCAAACGGAAAUGCGGGGGGAGCACCUUUUGUGCCGUGUCAAACACUCGUGUGGGGCGUAUUGUGGCGUCGAAGAGCUUGGCUCUUGAAAAAAAUUAAAAAAAAAAAAAAAAAUAACAAAAAAACUGUAUUAUAACUAGUUGUGGCGAGCGUGCGCGGAAAUGGUGGAAGUAGUUGAUUGCGAGACGAGCAACGAGAAAUGGUUUAAUGCAACACAAACAAACACAAAAAGUUACACCAAAAAUUUAAUCUAAGUAUUUAAUUAAAAGCAAAAACACAAAAACAAAAAC